ACGCAGAACACCACUCUGCGCGAGGGCGAGCGCGCGCGCACACACGCUCCUCCACGGUAGCUGGGCUGAACUUCCUCCUCAUUCACUUACUGUACUGUACAUCUUUCACUCGUUCUUACUAGACGAGAUGGGGGAACCGGCAUAGAAAACGUGCUUUAGUGGACUUCUCUUAUGGUCAGCAUCUCGAAAGGCGCACGUGGAUUAAAUUAACUUUGACGCUGGAGACAAGAGGGAGAUCCUAUUACAAGCUAGAAGCGGUGAUGUACACAUGCAAAACGCAACGUUUGCACCAACAACAACAACAAGAAACACACACAACACAUACUAUAACUAUAUCUGUUUUUAUCAUGGGCUGUGUUGGCACCAAACCAGACCAGGAUUCAGUCGGCAAAACAGUGGGCAACAACGACAUGGGCAACCGUAAUCAGACGGCACAUUAUGUCAAGGACCCUACGUCUGGGAGCAAGGCUCAGAACAAAUCCUGCCCCAUUCCUCCUUCCUCAAGCACAGACGAUUUUGAGAACAACGCCAUAGCACUCUUUGACUAUGAAGCAUUGCACGAUGGAGACCUGGGCUUUAAAAAAGGAGACAAGUUAAAAAUCUUAGAAGAGUCAGGCGAAUGGUGGAAAGCAAUGUCUAUAAGCACUGGCCAGGAAGGCUACAUCCCCAGUAACUAUGUAGCUAAAGACACACUUCAAACUGAAGACUGGUUCUUCAAAGGAGUUAGCAGGAAAGAUGCAGAGAGACAGCUUCUGGUCUCUGGGAAUAAAGUGGGCUCUUUUAUGAUCAGAGACAGUGAGACCACUAAAGGAAGUUAUUCACUGUCAGUAAGGGACUAUGACCCUCAGGCAGGUGACACAGUAAAGCAUUACAAGAUCCGUACCCUGGAUAGCGGAGGCUUCUACAUAUCGCCUCGAAUCACAUUCACCACUCUGCAGGAGCUGGUCAACCAUUACAAGAAGGUGGGAGAUGGACUGUGUCAGGCACUCACUACCGCCUGUAUCAGCGGCAAACCUCAGAAGCCAUGGGAAAAGGAUGCCUGGGAAAUCCCACGAGAAUCCCUGAAGCUGGACAAAAGGCUGGGAGCUGGACAAUUUGGAGAAGUUUGGAUGGCCACUUACAACAAGCACACCAAGGUGGCUGUGAAGACUAUGAAGCCGGGAAGCAUGUCUGUGGAGGCGUUCCUGAUGGAAGCAAACCUUAUGAAGAGCCUCCAGCAUGACAAGCUGGUCCGUCUCAAUGCUGUAGUUACCAAGGAAGAGCCCAUUUACAUCAUCACAGAGUACAUGGAAAAAGGCAGUUUAUUGGACUUCCUCAAGAGUGACGAAGGAAAUCGUGUCCAGUUACCCAAAUUGAUAGACUUCUCCGCACAGAUAGCAGAAGGUAUGGCCUACAUCGAACGAAGGAACUACAUUCACAGAGAUUUGCGGGCUGCCAACAUCCUGGUUAACAAGAGUCUGGUGUGCAAAAUUGCUGACUUCGGCCUGGCACGUAUCAUCGAGGAUAAUGAAUAUACUGCCAGAGAAGGUGCCAAAUUCCCCAUUAAGUGGACUGCACCGGAGGCUAUUAACUACGGCUCCUUUACCAUCAAAUCAGAUGUAUGGUCCUUCGGUAUUCUGCUCACUGAGAUCAUCAGUUAUGGCCGAACACCUUACCCAGGCAUGACGAACCCAGAGGUGAUUCGCUCCCUGGAGAGAGGAUAUCGCAUGCAGCGCUUGGACUCAUGUCCUCAGGAGCUGUAUGACAUUAUGCUAGAGUGCUGGAAGAACAAGCCAGAAGACAGACCCACCUUUGAGUACCUUCAGAGCGUGCUGGAGGACUUCUACACGGCUACCGAGAGCCAGUACCAACAACAGCCCUGAGACACACACACACACACACAAUUAGGUCAGGCACAUACAGCAGUUGCAUUAAUAUCCAAUGCAAGUGUGCAGUGUGAGUGAUUGACAAGGAAUUAACAGAUAGAAUGCAAUCUUAAUUUAAUCAUGCGAAGCCUUUUACCUUAUUUUGAGUGUAGCAUAUGAUUGCACAAAAUUGUACAAAGUCAUAAUUUAUGUCCAGGAUUGUUAAGGAUUUUUUUUUUUCCCUCAUUUCUUUAACAUUUAUGACUGGGUGAAUCUCAGAAAGUUUAGUUUGACAUGCUUAGUCGAAGCGAUUCGAUCGAAGAUCUGACCGUUUGUGAAUCUGAAUCAGUUCAAGUAAUGCAGUUCCAUUAGUCUUGGCUUAGUUUGAUAUGAACAGUCUUGGAAUCUCACCCCCGUUCGCUGACUUUUCAUCGUCGUGCGAGUUACGAAGUCGCAGUUUGGAAAGGUUUCCGCAAAACAUUUCAAAAUCGCAACCUAUAUUAGGUUGAAAUCACCUGAAAUGAACGUUCACUCUUAGCCAUAAUAUAUCUAUUUUCUGUACCCGCUUUACUCCUAAUUAGGGUCACGGGGAUCUGCUGGAGCCUAUCCCAGCACACAUUGGGCGAAAGGCAGGGGUACACCUUGGACAGGUCACCAGUCCAUCGCAGGAUAUGAAGUUCAUUAUUUCCAUAACUGCAUGCGAAUUCAUACUACUUCUGGUAGCGACAUCAGAACUCUCUUCUUACCGUUUGCCAUUUUAUUCAAUGCUUCUUAAAUUCAAACAUCUGUGCAAUAGCAAAUUAUUACCGAAAUCUUCCUCAGAUUCAUAUUAAACGUAUAAACCUGAUACAUGUCUGUUGUAAUAUAUAGUUUUUUGAUUCAUCCUGCGUCUCGUUUCUAUUCUGCUUUUAAUAAAAACAUUGUGCUUCACAGAGAAUAAUUGAGAGAGAGAGAGAGAGAGAGAGAGAGAGAGUAAUUUAACUCUGAAGCUGAAUCAAAGAGUUGAGAUAAAUAUCGACUUUGGAAAAAGUUUUAGCUUUAGAUUUUGUAUGUGUUUAUACCUUUUCUAUAAGCUUAUUAAAUUAACGGAUAUUGGA